AUUUAGAAUAAUUGCAAAUUAUUUUAUGACUAACGAGAAUUAUAAAUAAAACUUGAGUGAUUUCAUUACAAAUGAUUUGGAAAAGGCAUUUGCAAUUAUAAUUUUGAUGAUGAAUACAGUUAUGAUUUUAUGGCAAGCGUCAAAUUUUCACAAACUAAUUAGAUUCUAUAUCAAAAUCAUGGAUCCAACCCUUUUAAAAAUAAAUACUCUAUUGUUCAUUCUAUGCUUAAGUAUUAAUAGAUUUGAUUUAAGUAAGGAUUCAAGCCUAUUCUUACGCAGUAUUAGGAUGUUUCCUAAAGGAACCUGGAUAAUAGUUAUUUUAGCCCUCUGUAUUCAGAACAUUACAAUCUUCAAGCUUCAUCUUUUAUGAUCUUGUUUUGGGAGUCAUAGGAGCAAAAUGGUAAGAGAAUUGAUUUAUUUAAGGAUUUCAAUAAUGCAAAAGUUCUUCCAAUAUUUUAAAAGUAUUUCUAAUAUUGAAAUGAUUAUCAAUGUAUUCCUAUUUAGUUUUUGGUUUGCAUGCCAAAUAUUUUUGUUUGUGGCAGAAUCAUAUCACUACUCAACAUGGGAUUCAGAAAUAGACAGAAUGUAUAAUAAAUAUGAUGGUUAGUUAUUCAAUUCUUUAUUUCGUAUACUCAGUUUUAACUUUAAUAAUAUUUGUUUUAGGCUGUGUAUUGUUCAAGAAUCACAUUAGAUAAAUCAAUACCAUAAGCUAGAAAUACAAAAAAUACGUAUAGUAAAUCAUAAUAAAUUUAGCUUAUUUACUCAAUUGUUUUGCUAAUAUUGGGACAAGCAGUGAGACUAGUAUUCUUUUAGCUUAGAAUUUGGUGUACGAGCUUUUUAAUAGAAUUUAAGUAUGGGUUUGACAGUGAAAAUACAAGUGACACUCUAUUAUGGUAUGGAUUUAUUGUUUAUGACAAGGUCAUUCAUAUCGUUUGGAUUAUAUUUGCUGAGCGAUUACAUACCUACAUCAAUACUGAUGUUGAUAUUUUAUCCGAAUAAAGAGAGAUUAAAAUAGAGCUUGGUAGUGGAGUCUGCUGUGGAAAUAGAAUGAUA